GGGAAGUGGACCUGUUUGUUAAUGUGUUUGCUGGGAUAUUUCAUCGACAGUGUUCUUAUUUAAAACUUUUCUCUCGGAAAUUUAACUUCACUCUUCGUAGAGUGGAUGGAGAACUAACUUUUAUCAUUCACGUCUGUAGAGGAUUUGCUGUCAGGUUUGUCUUGUGUUUAUGUGAUCUGUCACUCCUCUCGAUAUGUUACCGGCUCAGAUACACCACCUCUUGCACCUGUUUGUCACAGUGCUGCUGCUGCUUGGCAGCCAAACAAAUGGAGCUCAGAACAGUUCCGCGGCUGUGGUGUCCUCUGAGCUGCUCGCCAGUCUGGAUGUCAGCAGGGUGAUGGUGGUGAAGGAGGGAUCCAGCACGCUGAUUACAUGCAACAUGACUAAAGGCCACGAUGACAUCCAAUGGUACAACUCCAAAGGACAUCUGCUGAGUGAGAAUGCAGGUGGGAAGUGGCAGAUUGAGGAUAAAGGAGCCCUGAACAUCACAGUGGUUACAUUUGAAGACAGAGGCCGCUACACCUGCAUUGCCUCUGGUAGUGACGGCAGGAAAAACUACACCGUCACUUUACGUGUCGCCUACACCAGCAGCAGUCUGGGCUUGUAUUACGUCAUUGUCUGUUUAGUUGCUUUCACCAUCACCAUGAUCCUCAAUGUCACGCGGCUCUGCAUGGUCAGCAGCCACCUCAAAAAGACGGAGCAGGCCAUCAAUGAGUUCUUCCGCACAGAGGGUGCUGAGAAACUCCAGAAGGCUUUUGAGGUUGCUAAGCGCAUACCCAUCAUCACAUCAGCCAAGACACUGGAGCUCGCCAAGGUGACACAGUUCAAGACUAUGGAGUUAGCUCGCCACAUUGAGGAGCUGGCACGCAGUAUCCCUCUGCCACCGCUUAUCCUAAACUGCCGCACAUUCAUGGAGGAGGUCGUGGAAGUGGUGAACCUGGGGCAGCAGGUGGUGGAAGCAGCUGAGAUGUCAGCAUCAGGGGACAGCCAGGCUUUAGGUCCACUCUGUGCUGAUGGGACACAAGUCGAGGAGGACGAGCAGGAGGCAAACACUAUGCUGCUGUCAUGUAAAGGAGCAGAUGACAAAGACAUUAUCGAUGUGAUUGUGUCAGUCUACCCAUGUUCUGAAUGUGUGGAUGAGAAUGUGGAAGAGGAGAAGGUUCAUGGCGCAGAUGAGGAGCCUGAGAUGUGUGACAUAUCGCUCAGGGUAAACCCAGAAAAGAGGGUAGCUUCAGAGAACAAUGUGUAGACGGGACCACACCUUCUCAAAAGGAAAAGAGUGAAUCGAAAUCCUGCUGCACAAGACCAUGUAUUGCAUAUUUUCCUGGUUAGCUACAACAGGUGUGCUUAGCCAAUUAAGAGCUAGCUGAUGAACAAAAUACACCUCAGUAUUUGUGGAUAAAGCGUCAGACGUGAAAACUGGGCAAUGCAUAGGGCUCCAUGGAGCAAGAUUGAUACCCCUCAAACAUGCACAUCAAUAAAUGGUUGAUGGAUAGAUAGAAUGUGGAAGAGAAGGUUAAUGGCACAGAUGAGGAGCCUGACGUGCAACAUAUCACUCAGGGUGAACCCAUAAAAGGGAGUAGCCUCGGAGAACAACAUGUAGAUGGGACCAGGCCUUCUCAGAAAGGCUAAGAGUAGAUCGAAAUCAAGCUGCACAAGACUUUGUAUUGCAUAUUUGCCUGGUUAGCGACAACAAGUCUGUUCAGCCAAUUAAGAGUGAGCUAAUCAACAAAAUACACAUCAGUAUUUGUGGAUAAAGUGGAGGACAUGAAAACUGGGCAAUGCAUAAGGCCCCAUGGAGCAAGAUUGAGACCCCUGAAAAGUAAGUCCAGAUGGCUGCUCCCUUGUUUUCAUUCGGGGUUACUGCAGCAAAUCUGAGGUGGAUAUGCAAUUCUGCAUGAUGAAUCGUCACAAGUUGUAUAUCAGAUGCCCUUCCUGACACAACUCCACAUGACUUGGAGAAAUGUGGCAGGGAUGGGGCUGGAGCCUUCUGCACUAAAACCAGGUGUACUAACCACUUAGCCACUACCCCUGCCCUAUUACCUUGAGACUCCUCAAACACACACACAAAAUAAAUGAUAGACUUUUGUUCAGAUUCUUUGUUUUGCCUGUGAUUAAAGCCUAUUCAUGUAUUCUGUAAAAUGAAGUGCAGAGUUCCAAAGGAAGAGGACUGAAUCAUCAUUCUGAAAUGUGUUACAAUAUGAGCGAACAAACAAGUGUUGAAAGUGGAAACUACGAGCCUGAAAAUCAAAAUGUCUGUGUUUUGUGGUCAAAAUUGUGUAAUAGAUAUCUAUCCAUUUAUUUUCUAAAAUUAACUCACUGUAGUUAAAGGGCCUGUCACACCUUGACUAUUUAGCUAGCAUAUGCAGUAUGAAAAAUGUGGUGAAUACGCUGGAUAUUUCCAAUACGUUAUGCAGCUGUCUCGCCAUGAUUUAGCCAGCAUAUGCCGACGUAUCGAAAAUGCUGUCAAUAUGCCAUUAUAUAGUAGCUGACAUGUUCAGUAAGUUCUGUGAUCACCCAGAACACAUCAAAUACAUCUGCAUACAUCAAUGGGUGAUUCUUAGACUACGGGCACUUAUGUCCUUUGAUCAUAUUGUAUGAAAAACAGAAAAAAGGGGAAAUUUCACACUUUUAUAGUUAUCU